UUUGGAAAAGUACUACUAAAAGGUCUAUCUACGAUCGUCUUAUUGUUCAGACGACCAUGAUAACGCCUACUACUAGUUGUCUCUGUUCUCGUUACUCAUCGUUUGUAAGUCUGGUUCUUCUUCGGGUACUAACAUAUCCGGAGUCAGUACUAGGAGACUACGACGUGCAAAGAUGGCAUUUCUUCAUGUUUUAAAGACUGCCUUUGUGCACGACCAUCAACAUGAGCCGGAGAAUAUGUUCAUUAGCGGCUCAAGCAGGUCAGCCACUAGCUUCGUGCACUCCGAUACGUCGGGAGCCGCUUUUUCUUGGGAAAAUUUUCAUCGCGCGCCUGUUCGGAUGCCUCCUGCUAUUCCGACGUCCCAACCUGCAGAUCCCUACAUACCUCCGCCAGAAGCAGAUCCCACGGCUUCACCAGCUGCCAGCACUUCUGGAGGACUACCAGGAGUAGUUCCUGGAGCUGGAGGACCGCAGCCAAGUCCUCGACUCGAUGGCGAAGCUCCGACGCCAAAUGAACUCGCGCUGGAACGAGAUUUGAGUUUCCGGCUACCACAGAGACCUUAUUCCGCGCCUGGCGGAGGUUUGCGACCACCGUUAGCACCACCGAUCGAGGACUUUCUAGAUUAUGGCUCCUUUGAGAUUCAAUACAACAAUUGAAAGGGUUCUGUUGAGCAUAGGAUUAUCAUUUGUCGCAGCGAUUGGAUACGAUAGUAUUUAGUAUAGAAAAGAUACAGAUCAAUGUAGUAGAAGUCAGUAGUCUUCUCAGUCGACUUCUCUUUUUUUUCCUUGUCCUUGGGAGUGUUUUGAUUCCCCCACCUUCCAUGAUCUACUUUGGAUCAAGUGCUACUUGCUCCACUUCUAACGCUCUGGGCAAUUUGCUUUGCCACAAAGUUAUGCGGUCCAGGCUAGUACGAUCUUGAUGAAAUCAUCGCGCGGAAAUGCCGGAGCCAAGUAUCGGCUCGCGAUGCAAGAUAUGCUUUUUAAAGGGGUCAUCUACGCUACGAGCAUAGGCGUCUUAGCCUUUGCUGCGGGUGUGCACGAGAUGGUGCGCAGACUGCAAGGCAAAGUAAAAGAUGCGGAGUUGGUAGAGGAAUUAUCGGCAGAAAUCGGAGGUAGCGAAAAAAUACCUGGUGGGGACGCUGAAGAAGAUGCAGACUCUUCAAGAGGUUAUGCCUAAUGCAUGGUUUUUAUCUUCGAGUUCGAUAAGUCGUUUCCAUGUUCUGCAUCAAAUUUUUGAGAGGAGUUUCUGACGUGAUGAAGAUACAAGUACAUCAACGUAGAUUUAUUGAAGACGUUGAACAAUGUCGGUUAUCGAUACAGCUCUAAAGGAAGCCUGCAACUGGUUCUGAAAAUCAUAAGGUCGAGGAUGAUGAUGACCUUCCGAGUGCGGCUUCGCAAGCAGAAAGCAUGGACAUGAGCGACGGAGGAGGAUGA